GAGGAACAAAGUCAUUGACAUCUAUCAGCCCGGAAAGGUUUACAAAGAUAUUUUUAAGGCUUUGGGACUCCAUCUAACCAUGGUGAGAGCCAUUAUCUACAAAUGGAGAAAACUUGGAACAGUGGUGAACCUUCCCAGCGGUGGCUGUCCUAGUAUUGCAUAAUUAAUCUACCUGCAAUAGUGGUGUGAGGCUGGCCACAACGAUUUUUGUAUUAAGCAGUACUUGAAAGGUUUACAGAAGUAUCUUCAUUUUUAUAAUAUGAAAAAAAAAUGUGGAUACUUUUAAGAUAUUUUCAAAUCAUUACUGUAAAAAACUGGUUGUGUGUUUAUGCUACUUGAUAUUUGCAUGUUAAUAAGUUUGUGGAGUUUAAGGCAGUUAACAGAAAUCUUUCUCUUUAUCCAUCAUAAUUACUUCAAUUUCAAAGUGUGUUUCAGUAAUGAAAUUUUAGGUCUGAACUACAUGUAUAUAUCGAUAUCAGCUAUGAGUUUCUAAAUUUCAACAUAUCAGAUAUCUGCUAAUGUCCAAUAUUGUGCACCCCUUACUUUAGACUUGAACAUGAUACAAGUCACAUGAUUUUGAUGCUGAUGCAUAUGCAACCUUUCAGUUUGCCCAGCAAACAUUGUCAGUGCAACUUAAAAAUUCUGCUGUACAUUGGCUGUAAUUUUUGUAACUAAAAACAAAAAAAGGCGCAGUCAGGGAUGCAGGAAGUUGGAGUGCAAAGUCUUACAGUUGUCCGUUGCUUGUUUAGAAUACAAACAAAGCAGUCCUUAAAAUUUGUUACUAGUGAGAAAUCCUUUCCGUGACACUAUCACCACUUAAAUUUUUAAUCUCAUUCUUUGCUGUUUGCAGUGAUUUAUACACAUGCUAUAGGAAAUGCUAUCGAUGAGAUGUAUCCUCUGUUGCUCAAAGGAUUUUGGGACAGAGCAGCAUGCUGGCUUGCGUACUGUAAAAUACAACCGGAUGUUAAAGGAUAUGCUGUUAUUUUUAGCAUACUAAUAGACAUACAUGUGUUUUUAGACAUGUUAGACUUUUCUUGGAAGUGUAGGAAACAGACAAAGCUACUGGAGCCUGGAAGGAGGAGAUAACUGAAAUGUUUCUUUGUAAACAGAAGCUAAAAAAAUGGUACUACUUUAAAGUCUGGCAUUUACGACAAAAUGAAAUUAUUACACACUCUCUUUAAUGGAUGAACAUAUUAAACAUCACAAGGUAGAGGUGCAAAUAAGGAAACAUUAAACUGGAUGUUGCUGUUUCAUGUUUUUUCCACUCAUACUGAGUGACACACAGUCAUACAUUCUGGGAAUCGUGACAUCAUUAGUUUUAUUAGUAACACAUGUCUUCCCUUCAGGAUGUGUGAUGGGAAAAAGGCAUUGUAAGAGGCCUGACUGAAGGGCAGUUUGACCUGAAGGUAUAAGUAGGGGUGGGGAUUUUUCAUGCAUUAUUUGAUAUUGAUAAUCUUAUGGGUAAACCUGAAUCCUUCCUUUUAUGUCUUUCUUGCAAUAUAGGAUAGAUGAUGAAGAUAAUUCAGAGCCUUCUUGCAUUUAUUAGGUAGGCCAGCAGUACAGUGAAAGGAUAUAUUGUGAGAAAAAGAAGAGAAGACAUGCCACAAGGCUGGGACCAGUGUUUUGUGUCUGUAUAGCUCCUGCUUUUUAUCAAUCAUUUGUGCAUCAGUGAUUUGAUUUGAAUGAUAUGACCCAAGAAAUAACAUCACGUUACAGAACCCACAAGACUGGACAGCAAUGUCAACAAGUUCAAACGUUGAUUUUCUAGUUUAGAAAUUGCAGAGCCAGGUCCCGGGACAGGGUUUGAAUCUCCAUCUGUAAGCAUAAGUUCAGUUUCUUUGAUAAUGGGUAUUUUAUUUCAUGUGAUACUUACGUGUCUAUCACCUGAGAUCAUCCCAGUCUUCAUUGUGCCUGAUUGCAGAGCAGAGUUUGGUUUCUCUCCUCUCUCAGUCUCUGUUUAUCUAUCCCUCCAGCCACCCAUACCUCUCCUGAUCCAAAAUUUUCCCACAUCAGCUCCCAGCUAAACAAGAUUUCAGACUACACAGUUUCUGCCCUGAGCGUGGUGGCUUUUCUUCUUUCUGUGCCUUCCAAAAUGAUCACAAACUCACCUCAGUCUUCUGACUGCAUCAUGUGGCUCCAAACGGUGAAAAUUAGCUUUGUGAAUCAGCGUUUGAGGUUUCGUUAAAGCCUUAACUUAAAUACACUUAAUUGCAGUGUUUCCAUAGCAUGACUAAUACAGAAUACACGAGGCAUUAUUUGACCACAGACGGUGAUAAUAGAGACUCAGUAGGAGAAUUACCUAUAACAUCCACACAAGGGUGAGGAGCUAUGACAGAAAAUUUGAUUACAUGGAACCUAAAUCAUCCAUAGUAAUGUCAUGAAUUGUUCUUUUGGAAGCCUUUGAUUUAAUAUUUUGGGCUUUAACUUUUAUUUUUUAUUGUAAUUUAAGCCAGAAAAAAUGUUAGUAGAUUUUUCACCUGUUGACACAAAUUAUGAUAAGAGGCUGCUAGCAGGGCUUUCCAGAGCACUUGCUAAGUCUCUUUCAGUUUUAUGUUAGUGCAUUAGUUAAAGAUCUGUUGCUGAAAUCAAAUAGACAAAGAAGUGUUUUGGUUCACUAGUUUGGUCCACACCAGGGUUUGACUGGCAGCCUUAACACCAGCACAAACAAACUGCAUUAUUUUGGCAAAUAGAUUUGAGUUCCCUUAAACCAGGGGUGUCCAAACUUUUUCCACACACAGAAAUAUAAAGAAAUGGUGGGGCCAGUUUCAUAUACUGUACCUUGAGGAUAUUAAAGUUAUUAAUCCAGUCUUAGUAGGUUGGGCUUAGUAGGUAUAAGUAGGUUGACUGGCAAAUAUGCAGUUGAUUUAAGGAUUACCCGAAGGCCAAUCAGACCUGCACAUUCACCGCGCUAUGAAAUAAUAACGUAUGAUUAUGUAACAUUAUGAACCACUGGGUAGAGUGACACAGUGCGCGCCUCAGGCAGUGCUGUAGUUACUUGGUAGUUCUGGCUUUGCAUUUGCCUUUAAAACAACUUCAUCUUGUAAUAUUCCAUGAUUAUUUCAUAGCGUGGUGAAUGUACAGGUCACAACUUGUCCACAAGAACGUUUUGGAGUUGUUGUAUGGUGUAUUUGAUGAGUUUGAUGAGGGAAAGCCCAUACCAUAAAAUACCAUAAGUCUCCAUAGCGUUGGCAAAGCAGCUGGCAUCUCAGCCCCACCGAUCUAAAAAUAGCUUGCACUGACAACUAAAGGUAACGAACCUAUUACUAAGACUAUAGGGAUUAUUGCAAUGGGCGAAUUUGCCAAAAUGUUGAAGUAUUCCUUUAAUUAGAUCAUUAAUGGGUUAUAAAUCAAAAUAUCAGUAUUACUUUGGUUUUCAAUAUCUUUAUCAUUCAAGUGUCGUCUUAGUUUAAUCCCAAAUUUUAAAAACACAUCGAUAAAUUCUUCUUGUCAAAGUGUUUGUUUACAGAAUUGGCAUGGUAGCACCUCCUGCCGGAAGUAAGAAGUACAAUAAAUGCUUUAUCUUCAAAUAUGGGCCAUAUUUCAUUUAAUUUUCAAAAUCUAAUGUGGGCCAAACAAAAGUUGACCGUGGGCCACAUUUGGCCCUUGGGCCAUAGUUUGGACAUCCCUGCCUCAAACCAAACCAACCGGUUUAGGUGUGACAUGCCCUUAGAUCUGGCUUUACCAUUUAAAAGAAUAUCCAAAGUUCUAAAAUCUUGUAUCGACAUCUUUUAUCUGUUAACCAAGCAUGACACAUCCCCAGGCUUUCAAAGCUGAUUUACCAACUAUUUCAAUAUCAUUGAGCUCUGUUAGAGAAAUAAUAUACUUCUUUGUGCCUGCUUUGCUGUGAGUUCAUGAGGAUGCACGGCAUACUUGAGGUCAGCUCCGGUGGUGGCUCAUUGUUUUUGUAGCCCACCAAAGCGCCCAUGAGAAGCUCGGAGGUCCUGGUGAAGCAGAGGAAGCCGGUGGCAUGUAGUCUACCUCUCUGGUUCUCAGGAUGCAGGACGGGCUGAUCAAUAGGACCGCCUGCCUGCCCAGGUCUAGACUCAACCAGCCGAUUUGGACGGCACCUCAAAGGAGAGGCUUGGAUUUCUUGGGAAACUUUUCCUUCUUGUACACUGUAAAUAUUUUGCCUCCUUUAGCCGCUCUCUCAUGCUCCUUACUGAGUGUGUUUCCCCCGCUCAGAGCACACACCCCAGCUCUCCUGCCUGCCUGUUUGAUCUUUGAUGCAGGCCCGACUGUUUAAAGAAAAUCAAAGACGCUCAGCCUACUGUAGCUUAUCCUCACCACCAGGACAAGUCUAGGCCUUCUGAAGACAGCCUGACUCAUGUUAGUUUCACACGGGUUUGAAGGAGACUUUGGUCGACAAGGUCAGCAGUACAAUGUGAAGCAUUUAGAGCAAAAACCAAAAGUUCAAAUCAUGUCCUGUUGCUGUAAAAUUCACAAGGCUAGCCCAGCGUGAAUUAUUGAAUAACCCAGGUGCAAGUAAACUAUCCCUCUGUUGCAUGUAAAUGACUGACUUUGAGAUGUUGUUUGAUAGCUCUUUGUUUUCUAAUAACAAUCACGCUGUCAUGCUUUUGUUGCAGUGGUUUGAGGUUGACACAGUUGGGUUAAAGACUAAGGUGAGCGACUGUCAGCCACCUCUGCUGCUAUGGACGCCUGUGCUCGUAUUAGAGGAGUUCCAUUAAGGACCAGGGCCUCCGUUAGGAAAGAGACUGUGCGUGACACCGGAGCACAGUGUGUGAAAAGCCUCUUUAGGAACAGAAAGGAGUUAUGUAGUGUUGGCCUGGAGCUGCCAAGCAGAGACACCACAAGACUGACUGAGAUUCAUUUUGUGUGUUUGCCUGGUCAGUGUGAAGGAGAAGAUGUCACCCAGCAGGCUCUGUUGUCACUUCCAGCAGGACUCUGUGAGCUGCUCAGGUCCCUCCAUGUUCAGGGUCUGAAGAACGACGAGGUCCUCCUGCUCAAAGACUCCCGUCGGCUGAUGGAGCACAGGGACGUUGGGCCACAGUGUUGUUUAAAGGCUGUUUGUGUGCUGAGGCAUAAUCCCAGCUCUAGCGUCUACCCUCAGGCCAGUGUAGCAUCUCUGGUGGGCUUGCUGGGAUGCUACAUGGCAGGCGUCCGCUAUGCUCUGGAGCUUCAGGCUCUUCAGAGGGGCACAGCUGAGCCCAGCCAGCCUGAGGAAGACGACACCAACCAGUCGGUGUCAUCGAUCGAGGACGACUUCGUCACGGCCCUGGAGCAUCUGGAGGAGGAUGACACUGGAGACAAUCUCUCUUCCUAUCGCCAUUUCAAAAAGCGUGAUGUUGCAUCACAGACAGUCCCAGCCCACAAGAGGAAAAAGGAAUUAUCAGGUGCCCGUGUUAUCAUUGGCUCAUCUUCAAAGAAGUUUUCGGCCAAACAUAGGCCAGGUCCAGAAGUUUCCGUCACAGUACAGAGGUCAACAUCAGGCAUGGAAUCCCAGUGGACAUACUGCAGUCCAGGAGCUCGUCUCCCCUCGCCAUUAGUUCAUGUCAGUGAAUCAGAAGAGUCGGACUGCUCCAGCCCCAGCCCAAUCAUUUUCCUGGAUGAAGUGGGGUACCAGAAGAGCCUGCUGGCCAAGCUGGACAUCCCCCAGGUGCCAGGGGGUCCCAGAGAACGAGUGGAAGACUCAGACUCAGAGGUCAGUGAAUUUUUUGACAGCUUUGACCAGUUUGAUGACCUGGAGGAGCUGAGCUCUGAGAGCUGUACUCUGGCACUUCCUCUGGACUCUAUCAGUGCCCCAUCCACAGAGAAGUCUGAUUCUAGUUCAGGUGGGCCAGCAUGUAAAUAUGUUUCCAGGGGCUGCUCAACCAAGGGGAUGAAUCCUCACCGCUUUGACCAGCCCACUCUCCCAUCCAAUGUGAAGAAACCCACUCCUCUGAAGCCAGGCUCUCCUUACUCGCCUCACUCAGAGGUGCCUGACUCACCUCGACCAAUGCAGACUCCCUCUGAUGAGAAUGGGGGCCCACUCUUCAGCCCUGUUAGCUCCUCAGCCUUCAGCCCUCUGGUGGACUCCAGUGGACCACUGGAAUACUUCUGGAAGACAGAUGAGGAUGGGCAGGACACCUCAGAGCUACGUAAACCUCAGGAUCUUUGCUCUCUGUAUAAAACCUACUCAGACUUUGCCAGCAAUCUCUCUAAAGAAAUCCUGGGAUCUGUGUGCGGCUACCAGUCUGCUGUUGACAUCAAUGACAACAAGAAUCUUAGCUGUGUGUGUCACAAGGAAUUCAAGAACCCUUCUGGCUACGUGAUGAAGCUCUCAGAAAUACAAGAGACUGUCACUGUAGCCAAACUGCAAAAGAAGUCCCAGUCUUUGAAGGAUGGUAUUCAGAGGUUUGCAACUGACCUGGUGGAAAUGAGCUUGGGCAGCGCCUUACGAGAUCUUCAGAAAGGUGUUUCCACUUGUACCACCACCUUGUGUCACCUUGCCGCCAGGCUCACAUCUUCUGUAUUUCAGAUGGCCUUCCAUGAGAUUGGCAUGCGGCAUGCUUAUGUGUUAAAGGAACGGGCUAUCAAUGGAUUAGCUGGUUUUCUGGUCGGUGAGGCUGUGUCUGGUGCACUGAAGGACUUCUUGACAGUAAAAAAGCAGAUUUUCCACAAUACGGUGACACGUUUUGCUGCUGAUCUGGCUGAAGAGCUGGUGUUUGAAGGCAUAAUGGAGGUGUGUCAGUUCUCCCAUCCUUCAACCCCACGCACCCCAAGUGAUUGGUCCUUCAGCCAGGUCCAGGAAGAAGAAGAGGAGGAGGAAGUUGUUUCCUCUUAUGCCUCAGAUUUAUCUGAGUCUGUUAUCCAGGAAGCUUUCAUAGAACUCUCUCAAGCAGAUGUUGCCUUCACUAGCCAAGCAGCUAUCAGUGUAUCUCUGGACAAUGUCUGUUACGUCAGUGCAGAGAACACUAGCACUCACACAAGUAGCACAUUUGCUAACCAGCAGGUGCUAAGUUCUAGCUCAGCUGCAGCUAUUCCAGGAACCUCAGGAGAGGAUGCCAACUGCACAGUGAAGAAAGCCCUGUUCACUGUAUCCGGCAUGGCCAGCUGUAUUCCUGUGCCCCAGGCAGGACAAGCCCUUAACCACCUCCACGACUCCAAGGGUGCCAGUCAGUGCAAGUCUAGCUUGUCUGAUAGCCAGCCAAGGGUCACUGUAUCUUCCUCUGACACCACCACAUUUACUCAGACUCCCCUCUACAGUCAUGGCACUCAGACUCCCUUUCCUGGAGGAGACCCCUCCCAAGGAAAGUCCCAAUUCCAAAACUUUUCUGGUAAUAUGGUUGACAUGAUUGUGACUGAGGCCUGUGAGCUUAUGACUUCCUCUAAGAUGAAAAAAAGUUUUGGUGAAUGUGCUGAUUUCUUGACAAAGACAAUUGGAGGUCGACGGGACUCUUCUUCAAAAAAUGACAGUUUUGAGGCUCCAGACUCCCCUUCAAAUCAAGGAACUGCAAGGGAAUGUUUUAGAUACGACUGUAAAGAUUCUGGGUGUGUUAGGAAAGUAGUGCCUGUUGAGCAAGCCUCGGAUCUUAGCAUUCCUCACAUUUCCUAUCAGACAAGCUGUCAAAUUCAGGGUAGGGCCAGCAGUGAGUUUAACCCCAGGGGCAGAGGAGUGGCUGAAGUACAGCCUGUGCUGAUGGAUACUCUGGUUGUACCAGGGACAGAGAUGCCGGGACAAAGGAGGAUAUCUGUUCCUGUAGAUGAUGGCCAAAAAUCUGGUGGAACACCUGGGACUCCUCCUUCUACCCCUCAGCAGCCCAGUGAGGUGUCAAAGGAAAAACAAAUAAAGCAGUUCUCUAAGAAGCUGAAAACUAAGCUGGCUAAGGAGUUUUCUCCAGCUACCCCUCCUCCUACUCCUUACUAUCAGCCAGAGCCUGGCCCUGGUCCAAAAGACAUCACUCCUGAGGCAGACAAGGCAGAGUUCAUGCUUAAACUGAUGAGGUCUCUCUCUGAGGAGGCAGAUGGAAAUGAGGAUGAAGAGGAGGAAGAAGCGGCAGAAGAUGUUGGUGUUAGCAGUUCUAACCAAUGUUCAGAUGCAAGGCGUGGCCGGCAUGAUGUGACCCAAGCAUCCGCCCGAAGGAUGUCCAACAAGGAGGCACUUCACUAUGCUGAACGGUUGGCUUGUCACAUUGUCUCAAUGGCAACAGAGAUGGACAACCUUGGAGGUGCAGAGGAGGAAGCAGAGAUGAGUAAGGUUAGCGAGAGAAGGAGGGAUAGUGUGGCUCAGUUCUCCGAGCAGACCUUAAACACCUUGUGGGUGUAUGCGGGGGAGGUAGCAGGAGAAGUCAUCGAUGAUGUGAAGAGGAUGGUGAGCUCUGCACAGCAAUGUCCAUAUCACAGAACUCUCAGGAGAAGAAGCUUUGACAGAUCAAACUCUGAAUGUUCCCAUCAUCACCACCAUCUUUGUCUACCCAGUGCAGACCAGAGCAGAGACUUAAGGGUAGGAAGGCUGGCUGAGCAAUGGUCAAACGACUUGAUAGCCUCAGUCCUCAAGUCUCCCACCUCCACUUCAAGUAUGAUCUCCAGCUCUAGCUCUGGCAUGUCCUCAGAGUAUCCCAGCUGUGAGAGUGUGACUGAUGAAUAUGCCGGCUACCUCAUCAGAGUACUGAAAAAGGAGGGUGGCAGUAGGGAGCUUGUCCUUGACCAGUAUGCAAGCCGUUUGGCAUACCGCUCCAUAAAACUUGGCUUGGCUCAUGCAAGUCGCAAGGUAAAGCAGAGAUCUACCAACCGCCUUCACUCCUCUCACUCCCUGCCAGAUGAAUGGAAAACUUCUGGGAAUGAUCCCUUGAUGUCCAAGGACAAGACAGAGUCUAUCACUCGUCCUUCAGGCGAGGAUCCUCAUUGUAGUUGUAGGGACCCUGAAGGGAAGAGUCAGAGAGAGUAUUCGGAUCUGGUCAACUUUGCAGAGUCUUUAGCGUACAACAUCACCUGUGAUGUCACACGCAAGCUGCAUCGUUCCUCUAUGCGGCUGCCCAAGUCUCUCACUGACUCGUGUCUUUAUAAGAAAUACAAACUUGAGGACAUGACAGAAGAUCUUAUUAGGAACUCCUUCUCCUGCCCCUUGUUGUCCAAGGAGAAUAAAAGCAGGCAUUAUCACAGUACAGGAAGUCUCUAUGAUGGGGGUUACAGGGGUCGGGUGAUGCAGGUUAUUGAGCAUUAUGCCAGGAAAAUAGUGGAUGACACUCUGCAGAUGAGUAUGGCCUCAGUUGGGUAUUCAUCCAGGGAGAAUCCAAGGGUCCAAGGCCAUGACAGACACUGUCACACCCAGAGGUUGUCUGAGGGACCAUCGCUAAGUCAGGCUCAUGGAGAGAGGACAUGCCGGUAUUGUCAAAUCUAUGAGUGCCCAUAUUACACCAAACCCUGCCGGCACCACCAUCAGCCUGUAUUACUGAGGAGGAAAAGAGGAUCCGAUUGUCAGGCAAGGACUGAGAGGCUUUCCGGACUUGAGAUUCCAAAGAUCCACAUUGACCUGGACCAUAGGGCAGCAUUCGCAGAGGAGAUGGUGUCCAUGGCAAUGGAGACAGCUAAACGUGAGCUUAGCAAUACUAGCCUUAAUGCUGACAGCGGCAUUGGCCAUGAUGGAGCAAGCUAUGCUGAGAGCCUGACUGCUGAGAUCAUGACAUCAGCCCUGUCUAACGUCUGCCAGAAUGCCAACAACAGCUUUCAAGGCAGGGAAGCCACUGAGUCGUCUGUGUCACAGCAGCUGAGUGUCGGAGACGACAGUCUGGGAAGCUGGUCCAACCUUAGCUUUGAGGAUGAACACCUGGAUGACAACAGCAGCUUCCUCCAUCUCAGUGACAGCAGCAAUGGGAACAGCAGUAGUUGGAGCAGUCUGGGCUUGGAGGGGGAGGCGUGUGAGGAGCGCAUGUCCUUCUCUCCCUCGGACAGUGACAACACAGAAGACAAGGAGGGAGAGGUGAAGGAGGAAUCCAGUGGGACUCUUUGUGUGGACCAGACUCAGCUCCAGUCUCCCAGGACAGCACUGCUCAUGGUGAACUCGGAUUUCCUUGGCCCUCGACACAUCGCACCAGACCCCCAGCUCAGGAGCAUGCUACAGUGGGUGGCAGCCUCCAUGAAUGACAUCCCCGUGAUCCAGCUGAGUGCUGACAGAGAGCUGCAGCAGCGUAGCUGUUUUCCCCCUGCUCUUCUACAAGCCUAUGUGCAAAGCAUCAAGCAGAAACAGCACAAAUUCCUGCCUUUCCUGUGCCUAAAAGGAAAGCCUGAGGCAAGGAGAGAAGCAAAGCGGAAUAGAAGCCAUAGCUCCCAGCGGUGGUCCAGAGGCUUCGAGAGCGGAGGUGGAGGGUUGGUGAGCUGCUGCACACGCUGCUGCGUUACUGUGAAGAUGGUCAGACACACAGUCAGCUCAGAGAGGAGGCACUGCAGCCAGGCAGAGAUCCUCACCGCACCCCCCUCUUCCAGUGGCUCCUGGAGCAUGUCUAGGACCACUCCUCUCCUCCUCCUCUCCUCCUCUUCUCCUCUUCUCUCGUUAGUGUCCAACACGGCUUUGCAAGCAUCACAGCCUCUAGAGGGCGCCAUAUAAAUCAGCUGAUGUGUUGCUCUGAUGAAUGUGGGCGGUGUGUUUUGCAUGCUGUGACCAAGAAUCCUUAUUUGAUUUUUCUUUCCACCUUCUGUUGUGUUGGUGCCGUCUGUAUUAUUAAUCAGGAUGAUAUCAUACCUGUUGAUUUAGUGAGCUGUCACUCCCGCCCACCCGCUCCCCUGAUUGAAGCCCUCACACCUUGCUGCCGUCGUGCUCGAGCGACUUAAAGAAGAGAUGAAACAGAGAGAGAGAUCCACACCCCGUCUGCUCCAGGCAGACAGAAACGCAGUAAGUCUAGAGAGACGGAGAGAAAGAAGAAAGUGUUUUCUGUUAGGGAAUCCCCAUAGCCCUGCUGGGCUUGCUGAUGUCAUAAGACUCCCACAGCUCACCUCUGUGGUGCCGUUUCCACAUGUUUAGAGACCAAGUGUGCGUACACAUCAGCAGACAGCACCCUCAUAUUCUCAGAGGGGAAACAACACAUACUGUUACACAAUUCUACCCUCCCAUAGUAUUGAAUAAUUGUAUUAAAUCACUGUAAAUGACUGUAUUUCAUUCACAUUCAGCUCCAGCAAAGGCGAUUCUGGAGCACUAAGUGCUGGUGUUAUUGGACUUGACCGACAUGCUGCCAUACAGAUUGAGAUCAAAUGUUCAAGUUGUAAACCCGCAUCUUAAGCAAGUUGUUUUUAUUUUGCGUUGAUGAUCAAAAAACUUUGUGGCUUUAGAAGGAGAAAUAGCGUUUGAUGAAGUUGCCUCUCACCAGUAUUGGUGUUUUAUUGAACACUGUAAUGCCGAGGUCAGACUACAUGAUCUUUUUGUCUGUUACUGUGUCAUAUCAGACGAUCACACCAGGACUUGACGGAGAGACAUAUCAGACUACCAGGUGGUGCCCACAUUUUCAUGAAUGACAAGAGUUCUCAGUGUGGUUCAGUGGGUUCACCUAAACAGCAGCGUGUUAGAGAUAGAGGUGUAACAGGUCAUGAAGGUCAUGGUUCAGUUCAUAUCUUGGUUUUGGGGUCACAGUUCAGUAAAGGUCUGGUACAUCCAUAAAAAAGGAACGUAGAGUCUUAGUUUUAUAAUUCUAGAUUACCCUAUCUCAUUAUUAUUAUUAUUAUUAUUAUUAUUAUUAUUAUUAUUAUUAUUGUUACUACUAUUAUUAUUGUUAUUAUUAUUAUUUCUUUUCAAAUUGAAAUGAGUGAAGCUGACACUUUGUUCCAUCUGGUGUUAUUUAGAACCAUCAGUGGUACAGUUAGCACAGCCUGUGAUGUUUUAAACAUGAGACCAAAAAAAGGGAAAAAAUACUAAAAAACAGCAAAACCGAAAUUAACAGCCUUUUAGUUCCUGGUUUGAAAGAAAGAAAGAAAUAGAAUGUAAACUACAAAUUGAAAUAUGUGCAUUUGACAGGACUGCAUCAUAUUUAUGAUUUAUAAAGUGUGCUGUGACCCUGUUGUUUGUAAAAAGCUACUGCAGUUGAUACUCACGCAAAAUCGGACUCAUGCAUGACCCCAGAUUAGCUCGACACAGGAUAGGAGGUUUGCAACAGAGUCAGAGCAGACCACCUAGAUACUGUGUAGUCGGUGGUCUGUACUUCUUCAUGUCUGUGUAUGGUAUAUAAAAUGUAUUUGCAUCAGUAAUAUCCCUGACCACCCAGUCCAGGAUGUGCCCUGCCUCUUGCCCAGUGACAGCUGGGAUAGGCUCCACCCACUCGACCCUGAACGGGACAAGCAGUAGUUGAACCUCACCCUUUCUGCUUUCACACCCAGACGCUUUUUAAAAACAACAGGAAAGAAACCCAUGCACCUCACUUCUCCUGCAGUGGGAGCUAACUUUUCUUUUGCGUGCGUUUCUUUUGGCUAACGUCUUUCUCUUCUUCGUUGGUUAAUAGCGGUUAGCAUACACGAACAUUACUGCCUCCUAGAUUGGUGGGUAAAUACUGUCCCAUUUGUUUGCUUUUUCUUUUGCUUCUUUUAAUGAUACAGACAUAUUCACAAUUGACCACAUGCCCGAACUGUGACCCUAGAAUGAAAAGAUAUGCCGUUACACCCUUUAUCAGAGACAAGAGGUCUCCGGGCUGCAGCCAUACACUCGUUUUUGUGCAGGGAGCAGAGACAGAGCUGCACCAAAGCCAAUUUAAAGCCAGCGUAGAUGAUGAUGAAUAGAUUAGUUAGUUGCUAAUGGUUGUUAUUCACCAAAUAUUUCUUGCCAACUUUUCUCCUUUCAGUCCAUUGUGGUCAUCCCUCUGACACAUCACACAGACAGGGAUGCUAGUGUCAGAGCUCAACAAACUUUACCUAUCUCACAGCUCCAACUUCAUCAUUCUUCUUUCUCUUUGCCAUCCAGUUUGUUCAUGCUUGUGACUUUUUCACAUGCAAAGUGCUCUUUCCCUCUCAUUGGUCAGCAUCUCUGAUGUAAGACAAACCCUAACCCUAAGGCGGCGGCGGGGGGGGGGGGGAUCAAACAUGCUAGACUUUCUAUUGGGAGGUCGUGUGGCGUCCCACAUGUGGCUUUGAUUGUUAUCCACUAUGACACACUACACAGUAUGAAACGUCUGGUCAUAAUCAUGCUUAUAACGUGUAGUCUGACCUCGGCAUAGCUCUGCUUGCCUAUCCUCAAUCUCCUCGGUCGUCAAACUUAGUAAAAUAUUUAAAAAGGAUGAUGUUUACUCGGUAUUAAAAGAAGAGAAAAGUCUAUUUUUUUGAAGGUAGAGUUUGUCUAAUCAAACAUGAAAUGCUGCUCAAAGCUUUGAAAGAAAAGCCAUGAAAUUGGUUUGACGUUGCCAAAUGUAGCUGAGAAGGUGACUCUGCUAUCCUCCGGUCAUCUUCAUCAGUGGUCAAGUUUGGGGAAGAUCCAGUGACGCAGAUGGAGGAUCUUGUAGUAAUUAAAGAUGCCGCUCUGGUCUGCACCUCCAGAACCACAAAACCAAACAGCGUGUGCAUUGCUCAACCCUGGACUCACACAUUUUGUCAGACACCCACAGCCCUCAGUCACCUUGUGGAAGGAACAGCUCCAGAAUACCACAACUUCCACUCAGCACUGACUCCCCAAACACAGACACUUCCCCGCUACGACAUUACUCACCAGCCCAUACUUGUAUGUCUACGCGCACAGCACUACCAGCUACUUGCUGAGAUGCACUUUUUAAUGAUUUAUCUGAGGAGAGAUGGGCAUUUCCAGCCUUGAAUUUCCUCCUCUGUGAAUCCACUCCCAGCGUGCACGUUCAGCUCUGCAGUCAGUUAAUGUACGUGCACAUUAAACUCCCCUUGAUCCUCCCGAGAGAUACAUUAUUGGGAUACAUUUUGGUGUUCUUAUUUAUUUAUUACUCUGUAAAUGGAGGGACCUAAAGGAUGACAUGAUGCUGCAGCUCCUCAGAUUUCUAUUAGGACUUUUUUCCUUCUUGAGUUUGAACACUGUAAUAUACCACCGCCUCACGUCUCUUAUUCUAAACUAUUACAAAGUUUUGAUAGUGGUGUUCUCCUGCAUGGCUUCAUCUUGAUUAAAGGUCUACAUUCUUCUUUUUAAUGUAAUGGCCUACUAUAACUGACCCUUCUCCAUGGUCUGUCAAGCUUUAGGGCCUGUGUCCACAGGGUGUUUUCAUGCUGCCAUUUACAGUACAAAAUUAUUUUGUAGAGAUGCACAGACUAAAAAUUAGAGCCAAUACAGAUGUUUUCUCAGCACUUCUUUCAGUGCAACUAUGCCAGCAUUUUCUCUUGCGGUUGACCAUAAAAACAGAUCGACAUGCAACUUCUUCUGCCUAGUAGAAAAUCCCUUAUUUGACUUAGGUAUAUCAGAUACCAGCUUUAAGUUGAUUGAAAACAACAGAUAAACACUGGCUUGUGAUAUCUUUUCAUGCAUAUCAUUUGCAGUUGGCUAAUGUUUAUUAAAAGGACCGAAAUCAAUCAAAACCAACAUGCAACUGAUGCAUCAAUGCAUCCCCACCAAUUAGGGAUUGACAGCGCUCAUUUAUUCAUUCAUGAAAUUAAAAGAUUUUGUGACUAUUAUCUCAAUUUACUUAACUUAUUAACUUAUAUUUGUCCUGUAUUUUCCCAUUGCCUGUUUGUAAUUUGAUACUACUGCUAGACAGCUGCCUUACAACAGGGUUCCCCAGUUCAUCCAAACUCCCAAAUUCCACUUCAUCUGUGCAGAAAUCAGCUUGCAAAGCACACUGAGGACCAAAUUGCUUCCUUUGAGUCUUUGCAAAUUCCAUUGCAUGCACUUUGGUCCAUCUGUGACACAAAAUUAACAGACCAAUCGGUGUCAUUUGUGGAGAAAAGGUAGUAGCCCUGAGCAUGCUUUAUUUGGAAAGUCAGUAAACAAGGGUGGCCGGUGAACUUAAUUGCUGCGAUAAUGCUAAAGUGGCACUUUUUAUCAGAAGAGAAUGUUUUGGGUUUUUUUAAAGAUUAUUUUUGGGGCUUUUUUCCAUUCAUUCAGAAAGGAAAGCUAAAGAGAGACAGGAAAUAUGGGGAGAGAGAUUUGGUGUAAGACAUACACCAAACAGCACAGAAACCAGUGCAUGAGAACUAUAGCCUCUGUAUAAAGGUGCCUGCUUUAACCACCAAGCUAAACCGGCACCCUGGAGUGAAUGUUUCUUUACUGAAAGAAGAGCAAAAAAUCGCUCUUAAAGCUUUUCUUGGCAGAAAAGAUGUUGUUCCUCUCCUGCAUUGGUAUGAGUUUUAUUCACCAACAUUAUGUGUUUACAUACUGGAGCUGUACAUGCCCACACCAAUAUGUGUUGGUUUUCCGAUUGGCCCUUGAUGAAUGUGACAAAUAGAACAUUCAUCCAACCCAAAUCCAAACACCAUCUAUGGAGUGUUGCCCAGAUGGGUGGGAAAUGUAUAUCCCAGGAAAUGGAUUUAUGAUGCAGUCUGUCUGGCGUGUCAAGUUAACACAACUAAGGUGUUAAGAAAUUCACUAAACCAGAAGUUGAACAUCCUAUAAGGACUUGUUUUGUUUUUCUAAAUCAGAAAGUCAGUAACUUUGAAGCAUACCAGUACUGCUAUCUAGUUGAAUAGGUUAAACAACAAUGGUGGAACCUUUGACUGUCAGCUUGAAUUUGAUAUUUGGAAAACUGCUAGAGUAAGGAUGCUCUCCUAAUGCUGCAGGACAGUUAUACUCAUUAUCUGCUCAGAUCGGCAGUCUUUAAAUUUAUAAACUCAAAAAUUUGGAUGUUUUUCUCAAAUUUUUGACUGUACACUCUCAAAAUUCUAAAUUUUUGGCUUUAUAAUCCUAAAAAUCAUCAAGUUGGUGUUGACUGUUGGUAUUUGUUUUUUCUUUGACUAUUUAAUACCAUCAGAAAUUCCAGGUUUUGUUUCCCAUCAGUUUAAUAUUUCAUACAUUCAAGAAUCAUGAGGGUUUUUUUCUUGUUUCUUGAUUUUCAUGCAAUUCACUUUUUCCUGAGGGAUUUACAGCUUAGAAAUUAUUAUAGUCUUAUGUUAGUGUAUUGUGAUUAAUGUGAUUGUAUUGUCACAAUGAAAACCAUGGACCCCAGGAAGGAUAGCUCAUAGCUGAUGCUUAAGCUAAUAGGGAUCUAAAUAAACAAACAACUUAAAAGUUAGAAAUAUCCUGAGAAUUUUCUUGCCAAUUUAUGACUUUAUGUUCUCCAAAGAUGUGAAUCUUCCUGUAAAUUCAUGACUCCUUUUUAAUUUUCAGAAUGGCUCAAAAACAGCUGUAAAAAAGGCGUAAAUAUCAUUUUUUUACCUAAGUCAUAAUGAAAUGUAAAAGUCUGAUACUGCUAUAGCUGUAUCAGUAGGAUAGUGGUCCUGCAGUUUUUUACUGUACAAGAAAGGCCUUUACAAUUUAUUUUCAUGUCAUCUUUUUAAUUGCAAGGUUUGUUUCUUGCGCAUCACUUCAACAUAGGUCUGUUGGGACGUGGGUUGAUAUGAAUCGGCCCUGGAGGACAUGUUUGACUUUAUCCGUCAAUCCGUUUGUGCUCUACGGUUGAAAAGCCUUCAUUUAAGAAACCUCUUUCCAUGCAUUGGCCUUUUUGUUUGAAUAUCUGAAAGAAUUCCAGAUGGUAUGUCUUGGAAGUUUCAUCUUUAGCUGCACACAAGGUUACAAAGCUUGACAGACUGAACCUACUGCAGGUUAACUGAAGGGUCAGUUAACCUGCAGUGACACGUCUGUACCCACACUGCCUCUCCGUAUGCUCUCAGAUGCUCCGUCUGUUUCUGCUUCAUCUGUAGGCUGCCAGUCAUAUUAUUAUAUUCAAGGUGUUUGUCAUGUUUGAUUUGUUUACACGCAGAAUCAAUAAAUAAAUGAAUAUAUCUAUAUCAGAAAAUCCACUGUUUUUUAAAAAGCUAAAGAUAAACCUAUGAUAGAGAAGAAGACCCACUGAAGUAUUAACAUGAGACGUGUGAGUGUGCACAUAUCCUGGUUUACAUGAAGAAAUGUAUUCAAGAGAGUGUCACGAUGUACAAAUCCUCUCCCAGUGUGAAUGUUGACCUUAAACUUCCCUUUUCUUUCAUUUUCCAGCUCUUUUCUUCAGUUUUCUUUCUUUUUAACAUUCCUGUGCAUCCUAAAUAACCUCUAGUGCUUUAUCGUUGUGUUUGUGAAGCUGAAUGUUCACCUGCAAUUAAAAAAAAUCUCCAUGUAGAAGCAGAGAUUGUAAAUCUGUUGUUCCCCGUGUUUCUUUCUGGAAAAUUGGAGAAAAUCAAAAGAGAGAAAUGUACCUCACCUCCACUAACUUCUGUAUUUUUCCCGCUUUCCUUGUAAAGUCCUGCCAAAUAAAGAUAUUUAAUAAAUGAUGUAAGUUAUAUAACAGUGAGUUCACCCGUUCUCCCUCGUGGCAUUGCUGAAUAGUUUACACAUUCAAGGCUCGAAGUCAGAAGUUUCUGUUAAAGCUUGGUGUGACAAUAAAGCUUUUUCAUGUGCUCUUA